AUGUCCUUGACCUUCACCCAGGGAUUCCUCCUGGGACAGCUCUCGGUGGUUGUCUUUCUAGGAUGUUUCAUCAAGUUCUUCAUCUUCGGUGAAGCGCCAUCGCCGCCCUCGCGAAGAGCAGCUGCUGCCUCUCGCCGAACGCCGACGCCCAAACACGUCCGGACCACGUCCCUGCACGGUCUCGCGUCCUCCAAGACUCCCACGCCUCAGUCGCUGAGGACCAAGGCCAGCGCCACCAAUAUCCUCCGUCCUGUGCCGACCAAUGCCACCGACAUCGCCUCCAUCCUGAGGAAGACAUACUACCAGAUCCCCGGCAAAAGUCAUGGUCACGGUCACGGCGGUCAUGGCAAGCAUCAUCACUCCACGCACCAGCCAGAGAGUCUGGACUGGUUCAACGUCCUGCUUGCUCAGACAAUAGCACAAUAUCGCCAGACGGUCUACAAUUUGCGAGAUGGUUCGGGAGGCUCCUCGGCUAUUCUAGCAAGCCUCGAGGCGACGAUCAAUGAUCCUGAAAAGAGGCCGUCCUACAUAGGCAAGAUCAAGAUUACUGAGAUUUCCAUGGGUGAGGAGUUUCCCAUCUUCAGCAAUGUCCGUGUGAUUGCUGUCGACGACGAUCUUUCGAGUGCCACUGGUGGAAGACUGCAAGCUUUGAUGGAUGUCGAUCUGUCCGACGACAAUCUCACCCUGGCCAUUGAAACCGCACUCAUCCUCAACUACCCCAAACCCUUCUCCGCCGUGCUGCCAGUCGCUCUUGCUGUCUCGGUCGUAAGAUUUUCUGGCACUCUUUCCAUCAGCUUUGUCCCUGCUACAGAGGACGACCCCUCAAGCGAAAACAAGCAUGCUUCCUCGGGUAAGCCCAAGACCAAUCUCGCAUUUUCCUUCCUCCCCGACUAUCGACUCGAUAUUUCUGUUAGAAGCUUGAUCGGAUCCCGCACUCGCUUGCAGGACGUACCAAAAAUUGCUCAGCUGGUGGAAGCACGAGCACAGGCGUGGUUCGAGGAGAGGGUUGUCGAGCCAAGAGUGCAAGUGGUUCCGUUGCCUGGUCUAUGGCCACGGAUGGGCAAAACCAGGGUGAGAGAAGGUCAGGAUGAUGAGCGACCUUCUACUCAGGACGACCGUCGGUCAUCUUCAUUCGUUGAGCAUCGCAAGGAGCCGAAGCCAGAGGACAAUUUCCCAUCUCAAGAAGAAACCGAAAGAAUGUUCGAGGGCCUCAGGUGGCGUACUGCUCAUCAUCGUGCCGACAGUCAAGUCAUCGAACACGAAGAUGAUGCUCAAACUCCUCAACCAUUGCGGGUUAUGCCUGGAGCUCUUCCGGCUUCAUGA